AUGAGCUAUGUCACCCACGCCUUUUGCGCCGCAGACACGGACCAUUCUGGUGCCACCGUCUUACACCUGGCCGCCCGGUUUGGCCACCACGAGGUGAUCGACUGGCUUCUGCGCUUCGGGGGCAGCGACCCGCUGGCGGCCACGGACACGGGGGCUCUCCCUGUUCACUACGCUGCGGCCAAAGGAGACUUCCCUUCCUUGAGACUCCUCAUCGGGCAUUGCCCCAGUUCGGUCACUGCCCAAACCAAGAAUGGUGCCACGCCACUUUACUUAGCCUGCCAGGAAGGCCACCUGGAAAUCAUCCAGUAUCUGGUGAAGGACUGCGGAGCGGAUCCCCACGUACGCGCCAAUGACGGGAUGACCCCUCUCCACGCUGCGGCCCAGAUGGGACACAACACCGUCAUCGUUUGGCUGAUGAGCUUCACCGACAUCAGCCUCUCCGAGCAGGACGACGAUGGGGCCACCGCCAUGCACUUUGCCGCCAGCCGGGGCCAUGCCAAGGUGCUCAGCUGGCUGCUGCUGCACGGAGGGGAGAUCACCACAGACCACUGGGGAGGGACCCCCUUGCACGACGCGGCCGAGAACGGAGAGCUGGAGUGUUGCCAAAUCUUAGUGGUGAAUGGCGUGAACCUCGGCAUCCGAGACCAGGAUGGCUACACGGCUGCCGACCUUGCAGACUACAAUGGGCACGUGCACUGCGCCAAGUACCUGCGUACGGUGGAGAACAUGAGCGUGGAACACCGGGUCCUCUCGCGAGACCCGUCUACCGACCUGGAGUUCAAGCAGCCCGAUUCGGGGAUGUCUUCGCCCAACACCACCGUGUCUGCCCCACAGGCCCACUUCAACCUGGGUUCGCCUAGCAGCACCCUCUCCAACUACGACUCCUGCAACUCCAGUCAGUCCAGCACAGGAGAGAAACGGAACAGCCAGGCCUCCCGUAAGCAUCAGGCGGGGGGAGACCCUCCCUCGGACGGCGCUUCCCGAAUUCCUGAAACGACCAUCACGGACAUGCAGACCUAUAUGGACAUGCUGAAUCCUCCCGAAGUCCAGCACACCGCGGAAAUCUACGUCCAGGCUAAGAACAACCUCCGUCACGUGGAGAGCGAAGUGUUGAAGCGAGAGCUUACCUCUCUGGAGAACAGCCCGGAGCUACGGCGCGUCGACUCCAGCCGGAAGUCGAGAAACUUCAACAAGCAGCCCAGCACGGGCGAUUACUACAAACAUCUGGGCGGCGGCGAACCAGCUGGGAGCAACCGGAAGAUGGCCCACAGCGAGGAGGCUUCGCUUCUGUCCGAGGAGAGUGUGCAAAAUGGGAGUGCGGCAGAGAGCAAGCCUUCCGGCGAGGUGCCUCCCGCCGAGAACCACCCGGCUUCGACCAGCCAACGGCGCUCCUCCUCGUCGACUGGAAGCACCAAAUCCUUCAACAUGAUGUCCCCGACCGGAGACAACGCAGAGCUGCUGGCUGAGAUCAAGGCUGGGAAGAGCCUCAAGCCGACCCCACAGAGCAAGGGCUUCACCACCGUCUUCUCCGGCUGCGGCCAGGCCGGCGCCAACGUGGAGACUCCGGCAUCCUCCCCUUCCCCAACCAGGAGCCCAACUCCUCCUUCUACCCCCGAAGCAGCUUCUGCCCCCCGGCCUGCCACCUCGCCUGAACCGGUCGUGAACGGCUCCUUGCCGCCCCUCGCCUCCUCAGCCCCAGCCGGCCAAGUGGACCUCGAGGGCCUGAUCCCCACCCACGAUGAGCAAGGCAGGCCCAUCCCGGAGUGGAAGCGCCAGGUGAUGGUCCGGAAGCUCCAGAUGAAGAUCCAGGAGGAGGAGGAGCAGAGACGCAAGGAACGAGAAGAAGAGGCUCGCCUGGCUACCAUGCCCGCCUGGCGGAGAGACAUCCUUCGCAAGAAGAUGGAAGAGGAAAGAGAGCAAAAACGAAAAGAGCAGGAGAAACUGAGGCGGGAAGAGGAGGAGAAAGAGAAAGAGCAGUCGGAAAAGCUAAGGACUCUUGGUUACGAUGAGACUAAGCUGGCGCCCUGGCAAAGGCAGAUCAUCCUCAAGAAAGGAGACAUCGCCAAGCACUAGAACCCAGAUGGCCCCGGCUGGCUCGACUCAGCUGUGCUUUGAAAAACAUCCUUCCUUUAGACCCCACCACCUGUCGAGAGGCGGUGGGCUGCUUCUGGUGUCUGGGCUUGGCUCCUCUUCCAGCAAAACCACACACCCCUUUCCUCACCCCCUUCUGUGCUUAUUUUCCUAUUCAUCCUCCCCGUGACCAGGUUCCGCUCGCUAGAGGUGAAGACCAAUGUAACACAUCAGGUGAGGCGGAUGUGGUUUGGAAACACCUUCGCAGACCAAACAGACAAAAACCCAAGAACAGGCAAUGUCUUCUUCUUCUUCUAGAGCAGUCCCUGAAAACAAAAAGGAGAUCCUAAUGUUAAUUCUGCUCAGUUACAGGUUUUGGUAGGCACUGACUGGCUAGUACUCGGGACAUCACCAAUCCUCAAUAUCGUCGUGCAGAUGUUUGUGUGUUUUCCAGCUGAGGUUCAAGGCACAUGUGUGACCUUCUUUAGAGUAUUGGGGCAAGAAGGGAGGUGGGUGUCUUAAUGGAAGACGGUGUCCGCAUUAUAUGAAAGUGUUCGACCAAGUUGUGACAAAGAAGGUUGACUUCUGCUAGGAUGAGUCAGCCGGUCUUCCCCGGAGAGGCUGAGCUGAAAGAGAAAGCUACUUGGCAACCUUAGCAACUAGCAGUUCCCUCAUUGGUAUGGUUAUCGACCAUGCCGUGUCCAGAACAAUGUGUCCCCCUUUGACCUUUGCUGCUUGUGCAGCUUGCCUGUUUCCCAGAACUUAAGUAGAACUGGACUUCUUCCACAGAAGCAGAGGAUUAGGGUUCAGCCUUUGGAGAAUCACCACUAUUUAAAAAAAAAAUCAAGCAUCCAUUCCUUGUGACUAUGAAGAUUUGCAUGGAGUGUUCUGCAGACGGUCUGCUUAAAAGAAGUGUGGAGGAUCAGCACUGCAUCUGGUUCCUGGCCCUCUCGCUGUUCCUUGCAGAGCAAAAGAAGACGUAUAAUUCUUGCAGAACGAUAUUUUUUUUCUUUUGCAGAACGAGAGACCCCCCACAACUCCCUUCUGUUUGCACGAAGCCUAGAAGCCAAGGAAUCCUGCUUUCCUUGCUACUGAAGUGGGGUGCAACAUUUCUACCUUUUCCCUGGGAGCCUUUAGGAGGAAGUGCAACGUGACACCUGCCUCUGGGCUAACUUCAGGAGCAAGGAAAAGGUGUGUUUUUUUUGCAAAGGUUCAGUUUUUGUUUGGUCCAAAACCCACGGAAAUCCACGGAAACUCUUGGUUUCAUCAGCCGUGCCCUCUCUCCCUCCACAGAAAACCCCCACGUCUUCUCAGCUGUCUCUGCACCUUCUUGAUCCAGAAUCAUCCGUUUCCUACCAGCUCCAACCCUUUAGUAGUCGUAGCUCGAGCGUCCCAAGGCUUUUAAUGUCUCAGAUCUUAGGCACCGGAUCAGCAAAGGCCGCUUAAAUGCGUAAACUAGAUCCUUAAAAUCGUCCGGCCCCGCUCUCUUGAUAAAAUCUUUGUAGAAGGAACAGUAGAUGACCCUGCUUUGCAGAUGUACAUUUUUUAAAAUUAUUAUUAUUUUGCAAAAUUUUAACACACACACACAUGCACAGAGGCAUUUUUAAAGAAAGAAGGCAGGACUUUGCAGAAGAAGGCACGAGAAUUUGGCUGGGUAGAGGUGAGGGGCGUCCUUCAGCGGCCAUACGGACUGACGUGUCUUUUCUCGUUAGGGCAGCGUGAUUCGCUCUCGGCUCUUUCAGACUUUUUUUUUCUAUUUGAUUUUUGUCCUCUUUGCCCUUGGCACCUCGAGCAGGGAGGGGUCAAGGUUGCUUCUGAACUAGAAUGUUUAUCGUAUCAGCUAUUAAAAAAUAGCAAUAAAAACCUGGAAAAAAUGGUGCUCUAUCUGGGAUGGUCACUGCUUCUCCUUUCCUAGGGUCUUCUCUCUGUACAAACAGGAUCCUCUGAGUAGCAUCCAUGCCACACGGUUCCUUCUGUUCUCUCUAUAGAUGUGAUGGCCGGAAUAUUUUUAGGAGGUGCUGGCUGGUGGGCAAGGCCUCCCUGUCUACAGAUUAUUAUUCUUCCCAUUCCAGGAGGUCAAAAACCCCAUACUUUCUAGCAGGAAGAGGCUUAAAGCCAAAUAAUGUUGUUUGUUUUGAGUCCUACCCCCUUUUGCCUGUGGCACCCCCUGCCACUUGAAACGAAUGCGGGACCCCAACAUAGCUCUGUAGCUGAAUGUGGCCGUUGGGCUCAUGGGGGUUCCUAGGCCUGGGGAUCUAAGCCCCAUCACGGGCCCAGAUCCGGACCAAACAAGGCAGGUGAAGGCUUGGGAUGGUCUGUGGGAACCCUUGUGCUAAGUUAAUUUAUUGAUGUUCAAAAUCUUCCCCAAAUGUGAGGAUCUUGGGCUCUGCCGAGGCUGCCAUCUUUCCACCCAUUCCGUGGCUGGGAUUAGAGACGUUUUGAGGGGAAAACAAGUUGAUGGCUACUGGGGGGGGGCUGGAUCCUCAAAACAGCUGGCCUGACCCCCUUUCCUUGCACCACUGCACGAGCCAAAAUGUCAGAAAGGCCCUGCACCAGCCUGUGUGCCAUAGCUUUCUAUACCAGCUGCUCCUGGUAAAAGUGGCAGAAAGGGGUCUGGAUUGCGCAGAAGCCAUACUAAGGAAGAGAGCCUGGGUUUUCAUUUCCUGAUAUGAGGCGAUAGCUUGGUGGCCGGAAUAAGUGGGGGGUGGGGGAUGUGGUGAUAAGCCAUGUUAUCUCUGUUGCAGCAAAGGGGAAAAGCCCUGUUCGCUGUGCAUGGCAGGACAACACAACUGGCAUAAAUCUUGGGCAAAGGCAUGAGCUAUGGCCCGUGAAACCAUACAGCCAACUUCUUAAUGUAUAGCAACUGGCCACCAAUACUUACAUCUAUUAACACUGGCAUUAAAAACUCACUUGGAUCUUUGCCAUUGAUUCCGGUGUCCUAUUAACUGCACGGCAGGACCCUUGUAUUUGCAGGAUUGGUAUCUGCUGCUUCAUUUAUUCACAGUAUGAAAAUAUUACAAAUAUUUUUUAAAAAACCCUAGAAAUAUGUAUUUUCAUGGUGUAUUUACCAGA